GCCGCCUUCGGCGCCAUCUUGCCGCCGCGGUGUGUAGCCGGGCACAGCACCGUGCCGGCGCCGCCAUGCCGCACUACCAGGCCUGGGAGGAGUUCACGCGUGCUGCCGAGAAGCUCUACCUCGCAGACCCCAUGAAGGUGCGUGUUGUUCUCAAAUAUCGCCACUGUGAUGGGAAUCUCUGUAUCAAAGUCACGGAUGAUGUAGCAUGUUUGCUAUAUAGAACAGACCAGGCACAAGAUGUAAAGAAGAUUGAGAAAUUCCACAGUCAGCUCAUGCGACUCAUGGUGGCGAAGGAAUCCCGCAGUGCUGCCAUGGAAACAGACUGAACUGCUGCAAAUACAAUGAGUGCUCCGUUCAUAUUUCACUGGAAGAAGAUAUCUCUUGGAUUUGAACAAAUACUGGGACAGGAGAUGCUUUCAUGGACUAAGUGGACUGAUGGCAAGUCUGCAGAAUUUCCCCUCCCACCCUCCAGGCUCUGCUUUGGAAAACUAGGAAAAUAAAUGCUUUCAGUUGAAAGCUUAUAUUUAUUUUGGGGAACUGAACAAGAAACUAGUCUUACCCAGUAGGUAUGCUAAGAAGACAAGUAAAUAUUUAAAAUCUCUAGUACUUUAAUCUGAAUUUGAUGGGUCACAAGCUUAUUUCUGGAAAGUAACUAUUUCAUACAGGUUUCAUUGUGUUCAUACCUUACGCUGGUAUAUUUGCACAGUGAAAAGGUUUAUUAACCUGACUAGUACUGUAGCAUGAUGACUGGAUCUAAUAAAUACCUACAUAAAUAAUACACAUCAGUGGGGUUUAGGAGAACAGAUGUGUUCUGCACUGCAAUGUUAAAAUUGCCAUUUUGUAUUAGCACCGUCAUUAGCAAGAAUUCAGCUUUUACUAUUGAUCUUGGUCAUAAGCUGUGCAUUAUCUGUGAUGCAGUUUGUAGAACUCUUAUAUUCGUUAAAUAAAACUUCCAUAUUUUAAAAAUGGAAGUAGAACUUUGCUUGAACAUUGCUAGAGAUGGGUGAGAAACUGGGAGUUUCUUUUCUGCUUAUGAAAAUACUAAAAAGUAGUGGCUUUUUUCCAGACUUGGAACUAUUUUAGACUAGCCAGGGGACCUUUUCCCAUCCUUGCUUCAGGCAGUGUUGAAGUAUAUCAGCAAGACAAUUUCUGGAAGCUCUUGCCUGUUGUAUUAAUAGAAAAAAAUGCAGCCAAACACUCCAACUUCCUUAUUUUAGCAGUCUGCAAACUGCAUUUUCAAAUAUUACAUGUGGCAGAUGGAUGUCAGCCAACUGAAUCAGUGGCUGAAAACCAGCUUAAUAAACACUUAGAAUACCACUGUCAAAAACAGACCAAUGCUUCUGUGAUUUAGACUUGUUUUUCACUGGCACCUCUGGGAAGGUGAUGGAAGGCUUUUUGCUGGAAAUCCCAGUAGUUGAAAUAGAACUUGCUUUGACUAGUUCUUGCAUACUUAAAACCAGAUGAAUAUUUUAAUGAGAUUAGCUUAUUGGCAUAACUAGACUUUUUCAGGACUAAUGUUUUGGGUUAAACCAAGCCACAAAAUUCUGUAGUGGCAUUUCUAUGUAACAAUCGACUGAAAUAGCUACCUGCUGUCACAUAAAAAUAAUUGAGCUAUUUGGAAGCAGUGGAGUUCUCGCAUUUGCCAAAGGCUUGGGAAAAAAACCCAGGCUUGAAUAUUGCAUUAGAGUACCCUUUUAACUGAACAUAUGACGAUGCAUAUUGUUGGAAUGGAGCUAAAUUCCCAGUGAAGACUUACAUCCUAGUCUACAGGAGUGACUGGUAUGUAUGUAAUGGUUUUGGGUUUGUACUGGCUUUUGAAAUAUAAAUAAAUACAGAGAGAAGGUUAAACUUUGUUUGAAGUUAAUGAAGAUACUGUAAUAGUGAACAUUUUCCUUGAUGCUCCAAAUUAUUUUCCUAAUGUUUGCAAUAUAUUAAGUAGAUGAACCACUUUUUUCUAAAGCACUGCUCUGUGCUAUGAAUGGUCCCUACACAAAGUCAUGCAAAGAUUUAAGCUGUUAAAGUGGCAAGUGAAAAGGCUGCAGCUGUUCUGGUGUAGUUUCUGGACAUCUCAUAUAAAAUGGUUUGGUAUGUAGAUGUCUUCUGUGAGCUGAAGUACAGGGAGGCUUGACUGAUCUUUAAGGUCUCUUCCAAUCCAAACCAUUCUCUGAUGAUGAUACUUGCUUAUGCUUUGAGCAUACAGUAAAGAGGGAGAGAGAGAAGACUGUGGACAGACUUUGUGUACGUGUAUAUAUAUAUAUAUAUAUAUUUAAGCAGGUUUUAGAAUGGGGGUACUGUUGUCCAAUGGGGAUGGGGAUGACAGUACUAUGUAUUAGAGUAGCAGCUGUCAAGCAAAAGAAGCAGGGAAAUGGAUUUCUGGUUUUCUGAAUUCAGAGGUUAUUUCUGUAAAACCAUAAGGAAAGACUAAUGCUACUUUUGUAAGAGAUGCAUUGUUCAGCUUGUUCUCCAUAUACUCACAGAAAAACUAGGUGGUUCUGUGCAGUCAAGAAUACCAAUAAAUCUACUGCUUGAAAAG